AUGACAACUACGCCGCCUGGAUCUUCCGGGGUCGCAGAUCUGGCGGUUCCGAAGCUCAUGCAUCCGUGUUUCUCUUUGAACGUUAACAAUAAUUACAAAAAUCAACUUUUUGAUAUAUUCACUUUCGGAAAUUUUGCUCCGAACAUUUGCGAACGUCAAUGUGCUCAUUUUGUUGAUGCUCGUAAGGAACAUUCACUUUUUUUUAAAAAAGUUGAACAUUUGUUUCUCAGUCCGCUUCACUUGCGGUGAACGUCGCCCUCCUCCGACGUGGCAAGUGGGCUCAGUUGGAUCUGCUCAACGCAAGAUUAACUGUUCGAACUGGGACAUUCCCCUGACCGAAAAAGGAUUGAAAGACGUGAGAAUCAAAAUAUUUUUGGUUUAAGGAUUCCUGGCCUUUCACAUGCAACUCGUGAAUUCGAAUUAAACGAAGGGUCACGGGAAAUGCUAGAAUAAAGUGGGAUUUUUUAGGGAAUCUCCUUGAUCUACACUUACGGAACUUUUGCUUCGGGAAGCGGGGAAGAUUUCACUCCUCCGUAUUCUUUGGAUAAUAAAUCAAUCGAGUAUCUGGACAGCUUGUUCAUCAAAGGUUUUCAAAUGAAACCAAUAGUGGAAUCGACUAAAAAAGCAGAAGCUUUGGCUGGAAUGGAGGAAAUGCUCGAGACAAUUGUGAAGAAGCAUCCCGAAAUCAUCCAUAUCGCGUUCGGAAACCCAGUAGUCUUCUUCGGAGAUGUCGUCAGAAAUCAGCCUAAAUAUUUUGCUCCGAGAUUUGAGCUGACCGACAAGUUCUUCGCAACUCUUGCCAAAGUUCCCACUUUAUCCAGUUUGGCUCUUGCUUUGGUGAACAUAACUGGCAAGGAAUCUAUUGUAGGUUUCGCUUUUCAAAAUUUCUAUCAAUUUAGUUGAGUUCUUACUAAUGCUUAUUUCAGCCAGAUGCAAUGAUCCAAAACUUGAAAUCCAUCGGAUUUUAUAACGUGACAAUGACCUCAAUUCCCGAUUGGGUCACGAGCUCUUCGUUAGAAUUUCUCGAGUUCCAAGUAACACUGAAUGACAAAAUGGAUAUGAGUGGGUUGGACAAACUGCCUCUGCUAGAGCACUUUCUACUUACUGAAUCUAGUUUGACCACCAUCAAAAGUUCAUUUUUGGCUCAAAGCACAAACCUGAUUUCGCUGACACUCCAGUGCAAUGCGAUUAACUCCAUUUCCGAAGGAGCAUUCGAUCAUUUGACUAAACUGAAAUUUCUGAAUUUGGCUGGAAAUCGACUUGUCACUCUUCCGGAAGCUCUUCUCGCAAAACUGGAUAACUUGCUGACACUGGAUUUGAAAGCGUUCGUUUUAAAUUUUACAUUCCAACAUUUUAGAUACUGUAGAGAUCUUCUAGAUCCUCUUCGAAUACUAACAAUAAUUCUGUUGAAUAAUAAAUCUUAGAAAGCGAAGACGUUAAUUUUCAGAACCGACAACACCACAUCUGCCAUCAAAACCAUCCAAACAUUCGAUGAAACAACAAUGCAAUGUCAAAUUGAACUCGGAUAUUCGGAACAAAACGUUUUGAAAUCAAUGCCGACCGUGCCCAAUCCAGAAGGAAUUCUUGCUUUAGACAUCAGGGGACAGUCGAACUUUCUAAGUCAAAAUAGACAAAUGUUGGGACAGUUCAAAAAGUUAGAGGUAUGUGAAAGUUAGAAUUCAUUAUAGAAAAAAAUAUUAAAUUCAGAUAUUGAACUUAGGCAAUUUGGGUCUGACAUCAGUUCAGAAUAUGUCACUGGAGACUCUUUGUAACCUGGAAGAUAUCAAUUUGAUCGGAAACCCACUGAGUGAGGAGGAAUGGAUUGGGGAAGACGUCUUUGUGAAUUUGAACCUGCAAAAAAUCAGACUGGGCACCCCAAAGUCCAUGACAAAUGUGCCGAAUCCGUUUGUCUCUUUCAUGAGAACUUCUUCGCAAAUUAUGUACUCUGCGCCGACUUCGUUGAAUCAAGUCGACUUCUAUAAGAAUAAAAUUGGAUGCGAUUACGGUAAACGGCAGCACGAGCACAUGAGGUUUAUUGACCGUUUCCAGACAUUAUCUCAAGCGCAACGUUGUUCGGAUAUCAAGUUCAGAAUCUGAGUUGCACGGAUGAAGUGAAAGAUGCCAUUGAAAAAAUCAGAGUGAGACACAUUUACUUUGAAGGUUUGCAAAGAACAUGUUAAUUCAGGAAAUGGAAAUGUUGAAGAUGGAAGCUCAAUGUCAGUGA